CACCCUCGAGUGAGGAGCUCUUGCUCACUGGGCUGCAGACACAGAGGGGCAGAUUCUGAGAAGAAUUAACAACACUGAAAUCUCCAGAACAAAGGCUCUAAUUAAGGUGUCCCUCUGACCUGGUCCUCCUGCUUUGAUGGAUUAUACGCUGGAGCCCAAUGUGACGACGGUAACCGACUACUACUAUCCUGAUAUCAUGUCAAGCCCCUGCGAUGGGGAACUGAUCCAAAGGGACAGCAAGUUGCUUCUUGCUGUCUUUUACUGUGUCUUGUUUGUAUUCGGUCUUCUGGGAAACAUCCUGGUCAUCCUUGUCCUUGUAGCCUGCAAGAAGCUGAGGAGCAUCACCGACGUAUACCUCUUGAACCUGGUCCUGUCUGACUUGCUUUUUGUCUUCUCCUUCCCCUUCCAGACCCACUACCAACUGGACCAGUGGGUGUUUGGGACUGUAAUGUGCAAGGUGGUCUCUGGUUUUUAUUACAUUGGCUUCUUCAGCAGCAUGUUCUUUAUCACCCUCAUGAGUGUGGACAGGUACCUGGCAAUCGUCCAUGCGGUCUAUGCCAUGAAAGUGAGGACAGCCAGGAUGGGCACAGCCCUGAGUCUGGCCGUGUGGUUGAUUGCUAUCAUGGCCACCAGCCCAUUACUAGUGGUGUACCAAGUGGCCUCUGAAGAUGGCAUUCUGCAGUGUUAUUCAUCUUACAAUCAACAGACUCUGAAGUGGAAGAUCUUCAUCCACUUUGAAAUGAAUAUCUUAGGUCUGUUGAUCCCGUUCACCAUCCUUAUGUUCUGCUACAUUAGCAUUCUGCACCAGCUGAAGAGCUGCCAAAAUCACAACAAGACCAAGGCCAUCAAAUUGGUGCUCAUUGUGGUGAUCGCAUCUUUACUCUUCUGGGUCCCAUUCAAUGUGGUCCUCUUCCUCACUUCUCUGCUCAACAUGAACAUCUUGGAUGGAUGUGUCCUGAGCCAACGACUGAUUUUUGCCACUCAUGUCACAGAAACCAUUUCCUUCACUCACUGCUGUGUGAACCCUGUGAUCUAUGCUUUCAUGGGUGAGAAAUUCAAGAAACACCUCUCAGAAAUAUUCCAGAAGAUUUCCAAUUAUGGCCUCCUCUUUGUAGGAAGACAAAUACCUAGGGAGAGCUGGGAAAGACCUCCCUCCUCCUGUCAGCACCCCUCCCGCUCCUCCAGCACAGACUACAUUUUGUGA